AUGUCCACUACAAGCUUAACGGCCUCUGAUCUGACGCCGGAUCCAAGCUUCAAUUGGUUUUUUCUCUUGGAGCUCAUAGUUUGUUGUAUUCUUGUAUUAUUCUUCCUGCUCUACUUCAAUCGACUAUUUGCGACCCUGCUUUCGUACGGAAUCCGAGCCUACACCUGGCAUUACUAUCGCGUAUAUGUCGAUAUCAACUCCUUACAAGUGUCAUUGCUAGGCGGCAGGAUAUUCUUCAAAGGCAUUCGAUAUCAUGGCGUGAAUGAGACUAUCUUCAUUCAUGGAGGUUUCAUAACAUGGCGGUACUGGAAACGACAGGUGGAACGGACCAACUUUUCCGACGGUCAAAGUCAAGUAGACGAGUCCAACUCCUCAAAGAAAGGGCUCGAUGCCUCUGCUUCCAGUGACUAUGUAGCCCCUGGCGGCAAUGCUGCCGGGCUCGGAGAACAAGGCGGCUUGGAAAAGACAAUUGAAUUACCCUGUCGGGUCUCUGUUAAGGUUUAUGGACUGGAAUGGUUCAUCUACAAUCGUACUCCUGCCUAUGAUAGUAUUCUUGCUGGCUUUGGCUACACACAGAACGAUUGGGAUGAAAAUGAGAACGGUUCAACUUUCCACACUGAUGAGCAGCCACGUCGCACUGAAACAAAUUUCACUAUGGAUUCUGUCAACAGUACCAAGCGGAGCUUUGACAACGCCUCGGCGCACAGUACGACUGAAAGAAGACCCACUGACUACCAGGACACUGAAAUCCGCAGGUCGGAACUUUCAGAAUCCGUGUCAAAUAUGCUCGAACUUCUGCCAAUCAAGCUUGAUUGCUCUAAAGGAGCUAUUGUGAUGGGGAAUGAGCAUACUCAUUCUGUUUUGACAACAACUUUUGAUAAGGCAACGGGAAACAUAGCUGCUUGCAAGGCCGGACCCCUGGAUUUGUACCGGCAGCUUUUUUCAUUUCAGUUCCAACAUCCGGUGAUUCAAAUGAGACCAAAUCCUGAUUUCAAACAAAAUCAAGUUGCCACCGCGAAAACACUCAACUCUACAGAAAACGAUGAACCUGUCCCAGAACGAAAGCGAAACUUUUUCAGCUAUCGGCUUCAAAGACGCAGGAUAUGGCACAGCAUUCGUGACCUGGUUCCUUAUUUCCAGACCUCCGUGGAGUCGUUUCAUGUCAACUCAAAGCAGGCUGGAAGUAUGCCCAAAAGUCAAGCCGAAUUUCCAGAUGCCAUUCGUUGGACGGGCCUGUCCCGCUACUUGGACCAGGAGAAUGAUGAUGAUCAUGAAAAAUGGAACUCAGUAGAAUAUGCCCGCUUCUCCACUAUCCUUGAUGGUACAAGCCUGGACUUGACGAUAUCAAUCAUGCUCUUCCUCCGGAGUGGGGGGAUUGAUCUCAAGAUCAAGGGUGGAACCAUCAACUAUGGCCCCUGGGCUGACAGGGAACGAAUUGGGUUGCAAAAUGUUUUCUUUCCUAAUUUCUAUCGAAGUGCAGAGGCAGCCGAACCCUUGACACCCGGGACCUUAAGACAAAGUACAGCCUUCAAGUUACGCGUUGAAAUCAGCGAAGAACUUACGCUCCGUAUUCCUACCCGAGAGCAGUCCAAGGACUGGCAAUGGAAAGGUCGAGCAGAUACCAUCGGAGGAGCUGCAAGAUCCAAGAAGCCGAAAGAGAGAAGGAAACAACGGCCAAAAGAAGGAGAGAAGAGCCACCUUGGUCCGGAUAUUCGUCCUUUCGGAUGGCUUUCUCUUCGUGUCGGUCAAGAUUCUACCGUAACCUAUUCAAUGGACAUGGCAGCAUCGAGUGCUGGGUAUGAUAAUGAACUUUCUCUUGAUUUGCGCGACUCGAAACUCUCGUCCAGUGUCAACCAUGGGCUGCUCUGGCAAUCUCCUCGACAGCUGGUCACAUGUGACCUUUCCAAUCCUCUGUGCUGGAAUAGCUUGCGAUCGUGGAGAUUUGGCGUGGAGAGUCAUGACAUGGAACUUUUCCUCUUGAGAGACCAUAUUUUUCUUCUGACUGACCUUGUGAGCGACUGGGCAUCCGGACCUCCUUCGGAUUACUACACUUAUGUGCCUUUCAUCUACAACAUCGAUCUCACGUUCUCAAACUUGCAAUUGUUGGUCAAUGUGAAUGACAGAAACAUCAUUAGUAACCCGUCUGAUCGAGAGGAUAACCGGUUCAUCGUCAUCAAGGGCAAAAAAUUGACAUCCAAUGUUAUGAUUCCGUUGAACAAGUAUCAACCUGAGCAGAAUACGGUCGAAUUCAAAGUCAAUCUUCAAGAUGGUGGUGUGGAUCAUUUGAACCCUGGCUGGGAUACACUCCACGCCUUCCUGCCUGAAACCUCCAUGGCAACCUUGAACAGUCUUUACAUCGACGGGUCAUAUACCUACUUUCUUUCAACUUCUCCGGAUUCGACAGAUACUUUGGUACUGAACAUCAGUGGAGUUUCGCCUCGAUUGUAUCUCUACGGCUUCCUGAUAAAGAGCUUCAUGGCCGUGAAAGAGAAUUAUUUCGGCGAUGAAAUGCAUUUCAAGACAUUGGAGGAAUAUCAAGAACUAGCCUUUGCUGAAGAACCCCCGGCAAACCCAACGGGGGUCAAUCCGAACCGAAAGUCGAAUGACAUGGAUGUCUUGGUUCAUGUCUCUGUGGACGAUCCUUGUGCUUUACUACCAGAGAACAUUUACGAUCACUUGAAGUGUACGAGGCUUCGCGCUGCUUCCUUGGAAAUCGAUUUGCGAUUCACCAACUAUUACAUGGACAUGCAAUUUUCAAUCAGCCCAUCCAAAUUAGACAUGCAGUCUAGUCCAACAGGCGGUUCCACUUCCAUCUCCGAACCUCAACUUUUCAUCGAUGGUGUAUCGAUUUAUGGUCAUCGUAUUUUUGGAUUGCCUCCGGUGGAGCCCACUUAUGUAUGCAACUGGGACUUCGAGGUUGGCAAGAUUCUGGGCGAAUGCUCCACAGAGUUUCUUGCAUGUUUAGCCUCCAGCAUCAAGAGCUUCGACUUCACGUUCGAUAAUGAGGAAAAUACCCUGCACCCACUCUUUCCGCCCGUUCUCCACGACGUGACCUUUUUGAGGGCUAAGAUAAGCUCGAUCUAUAUUGCGGUGUUACUUAAUCAGACAGCUCUCAUCGUGAGCUCUAAACCGGUUACAAUCAACUUCAAUGACUGGGCGAAUUCUAAGUUCUCCAAGCGCAUGAACUUCUUAAUGCCGGACUUGACUGUUGCUGCAGUAGACCGUCAGUUAGCGACCCAGGCUCUGCGAUCACCCGAUAGAACGGUUAAUCCUCUGGGUAUCUUUCAGGUGACAAUAGGGUUCAAAAUGGCCCUGAGAAAACACGACAUUGCGGAAAGCCGACGCUUACAGCAAGAACACAUUCGAAUACACGAUCAACGAACCCACCGAGCUCAAUGGCUACUCUUUGACUGGGAGGAAAUUGCUCCCAUUUCGUCUCGUACCCCUGCGGAAGGUCUUUCAAUUCCAACCAUGGAAAUACCUUCAAUGCCAGAACCUAUCCACCGACACCUUGGACCGGUGAAUGCAUCAUCAUACAGAGGCUUCUCGAGAGCCCGAUCUGCUGGAAGUGCCAGAAGUUUUCUUGUUCAUUCCGAAACAUCAAGCCUCAAGAGUGCCAAAUCUCGUGGCGAUGGCUCAACUCGCCCUGCCUCAAGAUCAAGCUCUGGGUCAAUAAAACGGCCCGUAAUGUCUCCGCGUGAUGGAAGUUGGGGUGCAGUACGGGGCAACCGAGGCAAAGAUAAUGAAAUUACUCUGUAUUCCACUUCCAGGGGAGCUACAUAUUCUCAGGCCGCGAUCAGGGAUGCGAAUCCUUGGAUCCUUCCGCAGUUUUUCUAUCACAAGCUUUCUUUGAACAUGUCUGAGUUACCGUCACCACUGAACCUCCAGCUGGACGAGAAUGAUAACGACGCGUAUCCGAGUCCAAGAUCUAUCUUCUUGACUUUUGAAGAUGACGAUACAACAUACACCAAUCUUGCUUUGGAUUUACCGUUGGGUAUCAGAGGGUUCUGUACUCCAAGAUUUCUAUUCGCUUUGGCUGCCUUGCUUGAUGGUUUGGAACCAAAGCAUCCAGUUCAAAUUAUGGAUUCUCUGCAGAAAGAUGUGAUCUCAGAUAUAGUCGGCUAUGACGAGUCUAUGAGCAAACAACCAAAGAAAGCAACGAGUAUUGCUCUUCGCAUUCCUUCCAUCCAAUUGAGGCUCGUGGAUAUUUCGGAAUCGCCCAACAACAAGAAGAUCGAGUUGAAGGACGAGUACAGCAUUGAAGUCCGACGUCUUCGAUCAGAGAUUCGAAGGCGUGUUCAACGGCAAAAAGGUGAUCUCCUAGAGGGACUCAAACAAGACAUUACCGCCCAUGCUGUGGCAGAUCACUUUUCUUUUUGGGUCGAGGGAAGUCGAACAGAUGCUUUCCACGACAAGGCCUUGUUUAACUGUAAUUUGAGUGAUAUGAACUUCUGGCUCGUGACGUCUCCAAACAUUCGUGCGCAUUUGCAGAUGCGAACAUUUAAUACGGUCACAUCUCCCAAGUCCGUCGAGAGGUUGGCCUUUCUUGUGCGUCGAGCAACAACCAUGUUCGACUCUGUUGCAUCAUCAUUUCAGCAGGUCUCAAAUACAAGCAAUCGGCGUCUCCAAUAUCUCAUCUACUUCACAACUCAAUCGGCUGGCGACAUCUCUGACCCGAUUUUCCUUGCGCGUAUUUCAUAUGUUCUUCGUGUCGCGUCAACUCAUCUUCGCCAACAUGAUUCUUGGAAAAUCAUUUCUCGCAUCCGAAACAUUUACAAGAAUCUUCCACUCCACCGUCAACGUGAGUUAGACCGUGUGUGCCUCGGUGACAACCUGCCAUUGCCGGGCAAUGCCAAGUCUACGGUAUUGACUGGAUUUGACCAGUGGCGAGCAUGGGACCUCGCACAUGUGGAGAAAAGUUAUGUCAUGCGCAAGAUCUGGCCAAGCCAGACGUCACAACAGAGUGCUGCGGCGCCUUCUAUUUACCUAUCGUGUACUGUGAAAACAUUCCGCUUUUUAUUGGACCCUGGGCCAAGAGAGAGUGGUUUUAUCGUGGAAGACCUAUCCACAGCCACAUCCGUCGUGCCUGACAAGAAGGUUCAAGAAGGCGAUUCCGUGAAGCUUAAGAAGCUUAUCGUUUUUCAAACAUAUUGUUCUUCCGCAGCUUUGCGUUUGCGAUGGGAGAUUCUGGAUCUUGUCGAAAGUGUUACAAAAGUCAUGUCGACUGUUACUCUUGAAUCCAAACCAGCUCAAGCAGCCCAUGGUGAGGAAGCGAAGGGAACAACGGAGCUUCAAAUCGUGCUCGGCACAGAUUUUGGAUCCAUUACUCUUGAUGGGAUCAAUGUUAAACUUGCACUUGUUUCCAAGGCUUUACGAGGCUCCAUUGUCCACAGCUCACAGAUUGCUGGAACGACACAUAACAACAAUCUCGCUGUCCUGUUCAGUGCAGAUGCAUGCUCAUCCGAACUCAUGAGUCAGACCGGGUCUCUGAUGUUGACGAGAAUUGCGGAUCCAUACAUCUAUUUCUCGCUCGUGUCCGAAGGCAAUGACGUUGAGGAUAAGAAUGACUGGCGAGUCGCCGCCUCAUGCAGAAAGCUUCGCUUCGAGAUGAAAGAAGACCCUGUAAGCUUAGCACAUACUGCCGACCGUCUGAUUGAAGAUGAAGUCAGGUAUAUCCGACAACUUACCGACAAUGUGAAACUACCGAAACCCACUACUCCAGAAGUCGAACAACUACCAGCAUUCAAGAAACCCACGCAUCACCGUAUCAAUGUGGCUAUGUUUUUGGACGACUAUCAGUUGAGGUUCUCUCUCCUGCCGUCUUUGACCUACCUUAUCUCCGGUGAUGUAGCCCGUAUGUCGGUCAUGCCUACCGAGUCAUCCAAGAUUGAGGUCGACUUUGAUGUGAAACAGAACUCCCACCUCUUCCUCUCGGGAGAGGGCAAGAAGCUUCGCGCGCUAUCCCAACUCGAUAUUCCCCCUGUCAAUGGCCGAAUCCUCGCAAACAUCUCAUCUGGAUGCAAAGAAUUGGAAUUUGACCUUACUAUUGAGCUUAUUCGCCUUGAGGCUAGUGCAGUGCGAAGUAUCUUGGGUGUUCUGACUGGGCCUGACGUUGCCCAUAUGUUGGACGACCUCAAACAGAAUGUCGAAGUCCUUCAAUCUCACCUCAGUGAUGUGCUUUCCCUUCAAAAGGCGACAUCGAAGCCCAAGCCUGCUUCUGUUGCCGAAGAGUCUGCCAUCUUGUAUAAAGCUAGGCUCACUAUGGCUGGCUUUGAGAUACAUGCUAUUGCACCCGGUUUGAACGGAAAGGAUUACAGUGCAGAGAUGAUGUUUAGUCUUGGAACGAUGCAGAUGAGUCUGCAGAAUGGCCUGGACCGCGGUUAUUCUAUGGAACACCCAGAGUUCAGCAUCGAUGCCUCUCAGAUAAGCCUUCAAUUGCGGCGUCUUGAGAGGACUAAGACCAAAUCUUAUGGAGGACUUGCAUUUGCCGUCAAGCUUCUUGGAACAUCUACAGUUCGUGAGAAUGGAGAGGUUUCGCGAGCAUACCAUUUCACAAGUGACAAAUUCGACAUUGAGCUUUUUGCCGAGACAGCAGCACUUGCGGUAGAUGUCGCCAUUCACAUGCAAGAGCGUAUAAAAACGUUGGAUCUUUCUCAUGAAGUCAACCGCCUGCGCAGACUCCGGCACCGAAACCACCACCAUGAGUCAAAUGAAACCCAAUCUGACAUGCCGGAGAUCCAGGUGAAUGAUCAUGAUUCACCAGAGCCCUUUCUCAAUGCACUUUACUCUUUCAAGUUUCGAGACAUUCAAGUUGCGUGGAUCAUGUCGACUCUGCUCUCUGCAGGCUCCGGUCGCCAACCUGAAGACCUUGUCUUCUCUAUUCGACAAGUUGAACUUUCAAAUAAGAAGAAAAAUGCGGCCAAGCUUCAUAUUGAAGAUAUGCAACUCCAGAUGGUUCCAUUCCGUGCUGACAGGAAGAAACGUUCGCUGAAUUCCGCACUCAUGCCUCAAUUGGUCUUCAAUGUUGCGUAUCAUUCCGUGGGGAAGGAACUUUCGCUUGCUUUCCAUGCAGCUGGGAAAUCGCUCGAUAUUCGUGCAACUUCUGAAUUCAUCAUCCCUGGUAACAUGAUCCGUGAUUCCAUUGCGUCCGGAAUCGAGGCUCUUCGUGAGGGUAAGGCAGCUUGGGCUACAAAGCCGUCUUCAAAUCAAGAGAACAACACCAAGAGCCAGAGUCUCUUUGGCAAUAGACGCCUGCGAUCAGUUCUUGUAGAUGUUGAUUUCGCUGGUGCUACCGUUUCUCUCCAAGGCAAGCAAAGCCAUGAUCCUCAGAAUUUAAUGGUGGCCGCCAUGAAGGGCAGUCGACUCUCUGAAGUCAAGUAUGGUGAAUAUGUCCAGGGAGACUCUGCAACUACCGCAACACUCAAAGCGCCUGGAGUGGCAUUGAAGGUCCAUUUCGAUGAUAAUGGCACCGAUGACCCGGCUUUGAAUGCUGAGUUGAAGGUCGAUCCAUCCUCAAAUGUUCUGUAUCCAACUCUCGUGCCCCUGGUCAAGCAAAUGACUGCCACGGUGAAAGAGAUCAUGAGAGACAAGGAUCAGAAAAGCCGGUCGCGGCGUCCGUCUACUGCGACGAGACUACAAUCUCAGAAGCUGAUGCAAGAAACCCCAUUCGGAGCACCGGAUCCAAACUCCAUUCUUGGGAGAUGCAAGGUCAAUCUUGGGUUGUUGUUUUAUAAGCAAGAGUUCAGUCUGAGCUGUCAACCAAUUGCUAGAGUCGCAGCUACGGCAAGAUUUGAGAGUGUCUACGUUACAGUUAACACGAUCAUUUCCAAUGAGCAGGGACGAUUUGUUGCACUCUCAUUAGCAUUCAACAACUUGGAAGCCUCUGUGAAGCAUGUUUAUUCAAAUGAGUCUACGGCAAGUUUCGAAGUUGAGUCUAUGGUGCUCUCUUUGAUGAACAGUAAGCAUCUUGGCAGAACGAGUGGCAUGUCAGCUAUCCUCAAAGUGAGCCCCAUGAAAGUCUUGCUUAAUGCCAAGCAAGUUCAAGAUUCUCUUCUGUUCCAGGAAAUUUGGCUCCCAUCAGACGAUGAUCCUAGCUCCAGCCCAACUAUGCAACCGGAGGAACCUCAAGAACCAGAGACUCAGACAUACAUAGUCCAGCGUUAUCAACAGGUCGCUGCAGCAUCCGCGUUCCCUUGGAAUACGACGGUUGCUAUUGAAAAGCUGGAAAUUCAAAUGGACUUGGGAUCAACGCUGGGCAAGGCUGAGUUUGCCAUUGACAACUUUUGGGUGUCAUCAAAUAAAACGUCUGACAGCGAGCAAAGCAUGUGCAUAAACUUUGAUUCCAUCGGCAUUGAGAGCAAGGGUCGCAUGAGUGGUAUUGUGGAAUUACGAUCCCUUAAAGCUCGAACUUCAAUUCAAUGGCCAGAAUCUCGUGAACCCGGUCGCACACCUCUCAUUCAAGCCUCGAUCGCUUUCCAACACCUCCAAGCCAAGGUCUCCUUUGACUACCAGCCUUUCCUUGUGGCACAUAUUGCGAUGUUCAACUUUUUGAUGUACAAUGUUCGCGAACCCUCUGGUCAGCAAAGUCAACGCCUAUUCAGUAUCCUUGAGGGAGAUGAAGUUCAAGUAUUCUGCACGUCGUUGACAGCGUCCCAGGCGCUGGCACUCUUCCAAGCAUGGCAGAGACUAGUUCAAGACAAGAAAUCCGCGUAUGAGGCAUCUCUCCGCGAGAUCGAAAGAUACCUGCGUCGGAAAUCCUCUGCGGUUCCCGAUCGGGUGGAGGCCCGGGCCAAGGAACAGACGCAAAAGGAGGAGGACUCCGAGAAGGCACCUAUUCAACUCCACACUGGUGUGGUUGUCAGUAUUCGUCAUGUCAAUAUCGGAGCAUUCCCAAGCUCGUUCUUCGACAAUCAGAUCUUCAAGCUCGAAGCGUACGAUGCUCAAGCCCGCUUCGCCGUUUCGUUAGAGUCCAUGAAAAUCCACAGCGCUCUGGGCCUCACCCUGGGACAGCUCCGGGUUGCCCUCUCCGGGAUUAGUCGCCCCAGCUCCGCUCAGCUCGAAGACUUCUCAGUGGACGAAAUCGCCGAACGAGCCUCUGGCUCUCGUGGUGGUACUAUUCUCAAGGUGCCCCGACUGGUAGCCGGUAUGGAAACCUGGCAGGUCCCCGGAAGUCGCGAGAUCGAGUACAUCUUCCACAGUACCUUUGAAGGCAAGGUUGACGUGGGCUGGAACUACUCGCGCAUCAGUUUCAUUCGUGACAUGUGGGAGACUCAUUCGCGUGCGUUAGCGUCCCGUCUUGGUAAACCGCUUGCUCCGUCUGCAGUCCGUAUUACAGGUGGACCUGGUAGCAGCAACCAUGGCAAUGAUAUUGAGGGCGGUGGCGCGGGCUCUGAGCAACAGGAGAAAAUCACGGCUGUUGUCAAUGUUCCGCAGUCCAAGUAUACCUACACAGCGUUGGAGCCUCCGGUUAUUGAAACGCCACAGUUGCGGGAUAUGGGAGAGGCAACGCCACCGCUGGAAUGGAUUGGGCUGCAGCGUGAUAAAUUGCCGAAUGUUACGCAUCAGAUCAUUAUAGUGACUUUGUUGGAGAUUGCGAAAGAGGUUGAAGAUGCCUACGGGGCCAUUCUGGGGACUUGA